AUGGCCUGGACCUGUACAGAGUGCGAGUUCGCAGCCAAUGAGGACGGCCAGGAGGCGUGUGUGGCCUGUGGCUCGGAGCGGCCGGAGGAGGAGCAGCAAGAGGAGGCAGCGGCCGAGUCGACGUCAGCAACGGACGAGGACGGCGACUCCGGCCCCGAGGUUGUAGUCAUCGAGCUGCCGGCUAAGGAGAAGCUCGGCGUGAAGCUUAUGCCGCCCACGGACGGCGUGAUCGACCACGGUCUUGCUAUCGAUAACAUUAACAAUCCUUUACUGGAGAACAAGGUACAGGCUGGUGAUCUUAUCGUCGCUAUUGGAGGACAGAACGUAGACGGCAUGGGCUUCUCCGACGCUAUUGAUCUGAUUCGUAAGAUGCCUCGACCUCUGGCUAUUUCUUUCGAGAUCGACGAAGCCCGACGUCAACAAGUUGUGCGCGAGAAGUUCCAGCAGAAUAAAGAUGACGAUCUGGACAAGGAGCUCACCACGUACGCUGUGGUGUUCGACAAUGGACCUAUGGGAUUGAACCUGGAAGAAGCCGUACGAUACGGUAUUGACGGUGCCGUGGUACGUGCACUGAAGGGUCAAGCGAAGACAAGCGGUAUGAUUUCUGUCGGCGAUAUCGUGUACAAGGUGAACGAGACGGAUGUGCUGUGUAUGCCGUAUCUUGAAGUCAUGAACGUACUUCGUAACGCGACAGCUCCCAAGACUCUGCAGUUUGUGCCAAAGGAAAAACUGGCCGAUGUGCAGCGUGUAAACUCACGACACUCCGAGUCUUUCCGACUUCGUGAGUCGACGUCCCACGUGAAGCAGAAACUGAUGAAUAACCCGCGCCUUGUGAAGGACGACGGCAAUGAAGGCGACGAUAACCAGUCGAUUGCGCAGUUGAUUCUGAAUAACCAAGCCGCGACUAUCAAGAAGGGACGCAUGUACAAGCAGGGCCGUGUGAUGCGCAACUGGAAGUCUCGAUACUUUGUGCUUAGUGUGUCGAAGGUGGAAUAUUUCAAGAGUCCGAGCUCUACGACAUCGCGUGGCGAAAUGAGCUUCCUGAAUCAUCGCUGUACUGUGCGUUCGCUAUCUGGGACUGGUGACGUGGUGUGUCGCUCUCCUAACGUGACUGCAGAGUAUUUGCUGGAACUUCGUGUGGAUGAUCGUCGUAUGGUCAUGGCCUGUACGUCGGAAUCGGACAAGAAGGGCUGGAUGGAUGCAGUUAAGCUGGCUAUUGAUGCCUCCAAGACUGUCAACCGCACACAGAACCUUGGAGAGUCACUACGAGAAGCCAAAGCAUUGCGAACACAGCGGACGGAGAGUCUUUCGAUGGAUGGAACCUUCUUGGAUCGGAAUGCUGGUGGCCGUCUGUCGCAGUUCAACUAUGAGGCAUUCUCCACGCCCGUGAUUCACGUUGGUGUUCUGUCAGCUACUAAUCUGACCAAAUCGGGCAGCUCCGUUAACGCGAUUUGCGAAGUUACAGUGGGCGCCGAGACCUUCAAGACUUCAGUGGUUAAGAACCAACGGUCUCCUGUGUGGAAACAAGAUAACUCGGCUUCGUUCGAGGCCCCCAGUGACGACAUGGUGGUGGAGAUCCGUAUCUUCGACGAGCACUUGUUCCGUGCGACUGAGUUGAUUACGACGCUUACGAUUCCUCUGAGGUCGUUGCCGAACAUGCAGAAGACAACGAAGAAGUACCCUCUGGCUCUCGGUAGCCGGUCGGCAGGAGCUGUACUGACUUUGUCACUGGAGUACGUGAAUAAACAGAAAGCGUAUGAGGAGGACCAAGAGCGUGGACGCCUGGGCGAUGACCUGAACAGCAACGGCAUGAUGAAUGAGCGAGAUGAAAUGGUUAAGAUUAAGGCCGAAGCUCAGAUGGCAGCCGAUGAAGCCACGCAUCACGCUGCUCGUGCCCAGGAAGAAGCACACAUGCUGCUGGAGCAAUCUCGACAGAAGGCAGAAGCAGCUAUGGCUGCAGCUCGCGAAGAGCAGCGCGAGGGUAAAGCUGCUGUGGAGAAGGCAAUGGCAGAAGCAGCUCGAGCGAAGGAGGAAGCAGAGAUGCAGCUCGCUGAAGCUAAGCGAGCCCAGGAAGAGGCCCAGAAGCUGAUUGAAGCAAACCGUCGUAUUCAGGAGUCGGAUGUACAGGGACCAUCGAUCUACGCUGUGUACCGCAAGAUGAUUCAGGACGGCGAGUCGAACGACGACGUGAAGAAAAAAAUGCAAGAAGACGGCGUCGAUGAGAUGGGUAUUCAUGCGUUCUUUGAUGGUAUUAACUCGUAUGACGAGAAGAUCCGUGCGCUGCAGGCAGAAGUGGAGAAGCUGAAGCGUAGCCGCUCCGUCCGACAGAGAGAAGAGCCGAAGGCGCAAGAUAUGUUGGCCAACUUGGACAUCUCUAGCGACCAAGUUAAACUGCUACGUCGUCUAUUGAAGCUGGAGAAGCAGUUGCAGCAAGCUGGUAUUGCCGUGGCCGCAGAUAUUCCGUAUGAAGAGGCUAUGGCGAAGGUGCAAGAGAUUUCUAAGCGUAUGCAGGAAAUUGGUUCAGCUGAUGUGACGCAUCCGGACGCCACGAUCCAGAAGCAGCUGCGUGAAGAGUACUACCGUCUUGAACAGGAUAUGGAGAAGUACAACACUGCUCUUAUGCUGACUGAUGAGUACGCUGCUGAAGAAGCACGGAAGGAGCGUGAAUGGGAAGAGGAGAACUACGAAGAGAACGUUAAGGCGCUGAAGGCCAUCCGUCGGAUGAUGCCGGUUGACGUGAAGAAGAUGUCGGAAGCUGAUCUCCAGACUGUGCAGUCACCGACGGGCAAGACACUUCCGCGUGAUAUUGCUCGAAAGUAUAAACGCACGAACGUCCUGGAGCUGAUUCGUAUGAACCCCGCGGAUAUUGCGAAGAAUCACCCGUCGUUGCUGGAUAACUUGCGUGUUACUGGUCUCUCGGUGACAGAGCGUCGUGCGCUGCACAUGCACUUGCGCGAUAUUGCGGAGACAUGGAAAGCUCAACAGGGAGAAGAAAUGACGAAGAAGAAGUAUGAGUGGUUUAAGACGCUUAAGGAGACGUUCAAGACCGUUGUCAACUCUUACAACAAGCACGUGAAGCAAUACGGACCAGAGGAUAAUCACCCGUACGCCACACGCGACGACCCAGACAUCGGUUGCCCGAUGAUUGGCAAGCAAUGUCCUAUCAAGGCUAACCAAACUCCUGCGUACGAUCAGGAUCUCGGAUAUCCCGAUGGAGAUGUGUACAUGGAAUCAACCGUCGAGAAGGGUAACCCUGAUGAUGCUGGUGCACGAGCUCUGGCCGAAGCUCAGGAACUGGCCCGAGCGAAGCUUGCGAACUCUCGUGCUGACGCCUUGAAGAAGCACUACCGCAACGUGCGUCUUGUUGCUGAGGCCAACGGUGCAUGCGAGUUGAUCGAUACAUCGCUGGAUCAGAUCGAGAACCGACAGUUGCUCUGGUUCCAGGCAAGACUCAAGCGCCGACUUGAGCGAACGGAGACGGCUGCGACAAUUAAGGUGGAGCUGGCAGAGUUUGGUGAGGUGGUGAACGAGAUUCGUCUGGCAAGCUUGAAGUUCGCCGAGCGAUCGGGUAUGAAUCUUUCCGGUAAGCGGGACGCGUCGCUGGAUGCGAAGGAUACGCGCUCGUCUAUCGAGUGUAAUCUGAUUCUGCUGUACUGCGAUGCCGUGAUUGACUGCUUUGACGGCAUGAUCGAGCGUAUGGAUGAGGUCAAGGCAAGUGAUAAGCGUCUGCGGUCAGCUAUCCCUGUUAUUCGCGGUCUUUUGAAGGAUCUGGGCGAAAAGAGUCAGAGCACAUUGGACUCGCUGAAGGACAAGGGUCCACCUGCUAACCGUCGCGUGAAGACAAGAACCGAAAUCAUGAAGGAAGCGAAGGAGAAGAACAAAAGUGCUGCUGCACCAGCAGAAAGUGAAGUGGCGGAGGAAGCUGGUCCAGCCCGGGCACCGCACCCAAUGAUGGCGGCCAGAGGUAGGGGGCGUAGUGGUCGCGGAGGUGGGCGAAAUGACCUGUUUGCAGCGAUUAGUGGUCGUGGCCGCGGUGGCGACGGUGAUGGUCCUCCAGGACCCCCUACCGACUUCCUGUCAUCAAUUCGCGGGCGUGGUCGCGGAAACCCGGGUGGUCCAGGGCGCGGUGACUUGUUUUCUGCGAUUAAGUCUCGCAGUGGCGGCGGAGAUGAUGGUGGUCGUGGCGGUCGGGGCGGCGACUUGAUGUCAGCUAUUCGAGGCCGUGGAGGAGAAGGAGGAGGAGGAGGAGGAGCCCCUGGCCGUGGUAACCUGAUGGCUGCUAUCGCUGCACGGAAAAAGGAAUAGAAAGCUUCUAGACCAGACCGAGCCACUUGUGAUAGAGCGAGAUGUUGGUGCCUGUAGCUAGUGAGGAAAAGCGUAAAACACGAGGAAAUGCAAAAAAGACAAA